UUUCAUCUGGAAUGAAGACCGCAAACCCAGACCAGCCAUCAGCAAACUGAAAUUUGCGCUUGCUUGUGCUGUGCUGCUCGUCGUUUUUGUCUUGACUUUUUGUGAAAGGAUUUGCCUGAUUUUUGACCGGUAAUUGAACAAAAUUUGUGCAAAUUGUGUUGAAACUAUAGCCGUGUAAUUGUGAACGUAUUUUUAUGUGACCAAUCAAUAUUUCCGGUUUUUCGCUUUUCCGCUGAGGAUCCACGGUCAUCUUGGAAGUGGCAGGAUAAUUAACGUAGCGAAGUCCGGAAGUUUAUUGGUUGACGAAUUUUCCGUUGAAAGCGCGGAACAGCCGUACAAUUCCCAUUGUUUCUAAAAAAUGAGAAAGACGCGGCAAGCCGCAGAAUUUACGGAACUGAAGGACUUAGUACAUCAGCUUCGUGUAUCUGAUCUGCAGCAACUACUUGGGGAAAAUAAUAUCAGCCGAAGUGGUCGUAAGAGCGAACUGAUUGAACGUGUACUGAUAUUAGUUCGUCAAAAUAUCUCGGUCCUAAAAUACAAAGUUCGAGACCUCCACAAAAAAGCUCAAGAAGAAGAAGAAUUGCUUAAACAAGCAGCUAAGACUCCGGUGAUAACAGCUCAACCAGUUCAACCUCCACCACCUGUUCUUCCCCCAGAACCACCUGUAAUCUCGCGUGUAGUGCAGGGAAUGUAUCAGCAACAGUAUGCAAAUGCAGUUCAGAACGAUAACCGUGGCGGGCCGGUUCACGCAAACGGAAUCGUUCCUAUCCCAUACCCGGAAACCACUCCAAACCCGGGUUAUCCAAUACAUCCUGAUGUAAAGCUAAAGAAGCUUGCAUUCUUUGACGUUCUAGCAACGUUACUGAAACCAGCUACUCUCGUGCCGAGUAAUACAACGCAGCGUAUCCAAGAGGGCUCAUUUUUCUUCCACUUGACGCCUCAGCAAGCGACCGAUAUUGCAACUAACAGGGAUAUUCGAAAUGUCAACAAAAUCGAACAUACCAUUCAGGUUCAGUUACGGUUUUGUUUGCUGGAGACAUCUUGUGAACAAGAAGAUUACUUUCCACCUAAUAUUGUUGUCAAGGUUAACAACAAAUUGUGCCCACUUCCGAACCCCAUUCCCACGAAUAAGCCUGGGGUAGAGCCAAAACGCCCUCCGAGGCCGGUGAAUAUAACACCAAAUGUGAAGCUAUCGCCACUAGUGGCGAAUCACAUCGCUGUAUCCUGGUGUACAGAGUACAAUCGAGGAUAUGCAGCCGCAUGCUACCUUGUUCGAAAAUUAACGUCCUCUCAGCUUCUGCAACGUAUGAAAACAAAGGGAGUAAAACCAGCAGACUAUACACGAGCGCUAAUUAAAGAAAAGUUGAAUGAAGAUGCAGAUUGCGAAAUUGCAACGACUAUGUUGAAGGUUUCUCUAGUCUGCCCGCUAGGAAAAAUGCGAAUGGCGACACCUUGCAGAUCUUCGACAUGCUCGCAUUUGCAGUGCUUUGAUGCAUCGCUGUAUCUACAGAUGAAUGAACGAAAACCUACUUGGAACUGUCCAGUUUGCGAUAAGCCAGCCAUCUAUGAUAAUCUUGUUAUCGAUGGCUAUUUCCAAGAAGUUCUUGCGUCAAACAAGUUGUCUAGUGAAGAUAACGAAAUUCAACUUCAUAAGGACGGAUCGUGGAGUACUCACGUUAAAAGCAACGAUCUGUGCAAUUUGGACACACCGAGCAAACCAGUUCAAAAAGUCGAGGUCAUUUCGGAUGAUAUUGAGUUAAUCACGACAGAUCCACCAAAAUCGAGCAUCAACCAAACUAGUGUUAUUUCCAGUAGCGAACCUUCCUCAACAACAGCUCCCUCGGGUGAUACGGUGGACUUAACGUUGAGCGAUUCUGAUGACGAUCUCCCUCUGAAACGUAAAACAGUCACACGUACUGCCCCGGGGGGUCAGGGUGGCACUAAUGUAACUACCUCGAGUGCCACCACUGCUGCAAGUACGACAAGUUCUGCUGCAACUGUUGUCACUGCAACCGCUUCGACUGUAUCUAAGCCAAAAAUGAAUGAAGAUGCAUCGCAAUCUGUUAUAUCUCUAGAUUCCCCAUCUCCACCAUCGACCCCCAAUCCACCAACAUACAAUAGCGGGGUUUCAGCGAUGUCUAAUAAUGUUUCAUCUACCACUGCUAGUACGCCAACCAUUCCAUACCAGUUGCCGAUAAGUCCACUAGAACAAGCUAGCAAUUUACAACUCAAUCCACUAGCACUUAAUAGAUAUGAACCUGCGCCGGAUGAUUUGCAGUCGUACAUUUACAAUCGGCUAAUUAAUGAUGCGCAAGAACUUUCCUACCUUACCAGUCAGUGGAGUGUACAAGGUUAUAUGCAUGGUGCAACGAAUGGCGAGGAUAUGCACAAUUUGCAUCAUUGAAAUAGCAUAUAAGUGUAUGCAAGAUGUUGCUACAUCAACUGCUUUAACGACUAAGACCAUGAGCGUACAUAACAAUAGUUUUACAAUAUAGUGAUCAAAUGUAAGAUGAAACAAAAGAAUUUUUCAAAAAAUAUCUAAAAUCUCAAUUAUGUGUAAGGAUGAAUGUACAUGAAUUACGUCUCUCAACUAUGGGCCUUAAAUAAUUAAACAAAUGCUAGAGGAUCCAUUAAAAACAACGGUUUUAAAAUAAAUUCAGCGUGACGUAAUUGAUGAGCAUUUUAUGGUCCCUUUCUCAUAAUUGAACUCAGUUCUAUGAAGUGUUUACGCGAACAAAUAUAUUUUGAAUAGUUUUCUGGAUGAUUAUAUACAACACAAUUGUAAUAAAACUAGAAAAACAUGA